CAAAUCACUACCAACUACCCAUCCCGUUUACCCCUGAAUUAACUUAAUUUAACUUAUUAUAUUGUUAUAUUAUGAGUAGCAGUUUAAUAGACAAUUAUCAAUGUUAUAUCGGAUGUCUUCAUCAUUCAAUUGGAGAUGAGGAAUUUAUGACUUUGGCUAAAUGUUUUUCAACCAACGUAAUCUCAACCAAACUGAUUAGAGGUCAAUCUUCUUCAUCACAUUUGGGUUAUGGAUUUGUACAGUAUACAGAUUUUACCGCCUCUGACGAGGCCAUUUUACUAAUGCAAGGGAUAUAUUCAAAGGGAAUUCCCCUAGUUAUCAGAUCUACAUCAAACUACACUAAUGCAUACAAUUAUGAUAACACGCAGCCAGCGGAUACCACACAGAAUAAUACUGUGAACACUACAGUUCAUGUGAGUAAUCUUAGUGAUCAAGAUACUCAAGAUUCCAUUAAUGAUCUUGCUAAACCUUUUGGCGAUAUCGAAUCCAUCAACUUCAUUCCAGACAAAAAAUAUUGUUUUAUAAAUUAUAAGAGGAGAGAAUAUGCGUUGGGAUUUUUAUGUCAUAUGGACAACUGGAAUACUGGGAAUAGUACUAUUUCAUGUUUCUGGGCCUUACACUCCAAUGAACCGAAAUCAUACGAUAAAAAAUUACUCGACAAGGAAAAGGAAGAUGAAUUGUUUGGCCUGAAUUAUGCGAAUGAGUUGAUGCCAAAAUGAUUAAAAUUUGGAAUUAUUCAACCGUUAGUAUUAGGUGUAGGAGUCCCAGAUUCCCUCCAUACACCAUUAAAUUAAUCUUAUAACUUGAAA